AUGCAUCAGCACCCCCGAUCCCCGGCCGUCCCUUCGCCGGCGCCCAAGCCGCCCGCCAGAGCGCCGGCCGCGGCUCGGGACGACGUCAAAGACAACGACUCCAUCCCGCCUUCCCCCACCGUUGACAUCAGAACAAAUUCGACCAAAGGCUUGGGUAUCGAUGCCGGAGCAGACGCCUCAGAACCCAAGAUGGCGGCUCCGAGUAAGGAAAGCAUGGCCAAACUGAACCAGAUCGUCUCGAAUUACCAUACUAAAUCGGCUUUGAUCAUCCUUCAUUCGCGCGUGGACCUUCCUCCUGCCUACCUCAAAGACUCCGACAAACCUAGGAUCAACCGAUGGUUUAAUGUCGAACUAAACGAUAGUGAUGCCAUCCGUGAGCAGCUCUGGGUCUGGCGAACCUGUGAUGCGACGGACAACCGACCUCCCCCUCUUAUCAUCGAGACAUACUUGGAUACGAAGAGUCUGACGAACAAUCAAAGUUUGGUGAUCUUGGACGAGAACGGAAAACGUUGGGAUGUGCAAGAGUCGCUCGAUGCUUUACGGGACGAGGCCCGUGACCCGUAUCAGUCGGAUGCGGAUGAGAUCAUCUUGGAGCGAUGGACCAUCGAGCUGGGUGAGGCCGUGAGCGAUCCUCCGGCCGAUCUGGGCUCCAUCUUGCCAACGGUGUACAAGAAAAGCAUUGUUCUUUUCCGAUCUUUGUUCACCUAUUCAAAGUUCUUGCCGGCAUGGAAGUUCUCGAAGCGUAACACAAAGUUACGCCAGAGCCCGACCUUGAAAGUCAAGUAUCGCAUCAUCGAUGGCAACAGCUCUCGAUUUGUUCUAUCUCCAGAUACAUUGACAACCCCACUGUAUGAAGGAAAUGGGAAAGUCGUGGAUACCUACAACUUCGGGGUCACCGAAUCCCCCGCAGGGCCCUUCUCCGUCAAGGUCGCCUACCGCACAAACUGUGACUUCCGUGUGGAUGAUUCGGAAGCGCUACUGAGCUCUCGGUUCAUGGGAGCUGAUGACGAUAUCUUUCGUCCAUCUCUACCCUCGGAUGACUCCAAGCCGAAUCCUGAAAUCGGAUCAGUGCCGGUCGAGACGCGCACUGUCGAGAACCCGGACUGCUCACGGGCAUAUGGGAGCUUGUCAACAUUUCACCAGGUCGGUCCGCCUCAUGGCACAAGUCCUAUCUCCGCGUUGCGUGCAGCGAGGGAUGCUGCUGGAUCCUCUUCCCCGUCCGGUUCGCCAUCGAAGAAGCUGUUACCUGCUGCGAAAAUUGCGCCGACUGGUCGAGCUGCCAAGCUUGCCAGUGAAGGUGGUGGUUCGAACUUUGGCCGUCGUCCCUCUGUCUCCUUCCAGCCCUUCAAGGCUCCGCCUCUUUCUGCUUCUCCGGCAUUGGUAGAUACGCCAUUGGGCGUGUCACCUCGGACCGUAUCCGCUCGCAUUCCCACGGGCACAUCUGCCGACUCUCGAGUCAUGCCGCCCCCGUCUGUAGCGGCCUCUGCACGAAAGCCCGCUGCAAUUGCGUCUGAACAAGCCUUUCUAUCGCCCACCUCAGCAUCUCCUAAACCUGCUCCGAUCACCCGAUACAGUAGCUCCUUCAGUCAUAGACGAGGCCGACCUUCUUCUGGUGGUAUGAGCAAGCCAGAUGACGACCAUUCCAGCGGCAAGGCGAGCGCGGCUUCUUCAAACGUGCAACCCGGCUCUGGUCUGCUUGCAGAAGCCACCGGUACGAGCGCAGAAUCAAUCCACGCGGACGAUGAGAAUAUUUCUGAAUUCUUGAAGAUGCUCGAUCUGAAGAAAGAUUUAAUGAAUACAUCUAGCUCUAUUUCCCAAGAAACUGGUCCGCGCAAGCCAACGGCCACCUCGGCUGCCCUCGCUCGUUUUCAACGCAUGCGUGAUUCAAACGCUGCUUUGUCCGACUCGAUGUCGGCCUCCAUGCAUCUUCGACAAUCGUCGAAUUCCUCUAGCAAGCAGCUCUCGGGAGUGCCGCAGAUGGUUGCUGGCACAUCUAUUUCCACGGCUUCUUCUCCUGGAAAACCCAUCUCCCCCCAUACUCCCCACACCCCCGCCAUCAGAUCUCGACUAAGCUCUAAUAGCGUGGUCGACGAGAUUGCCACGGAGCACGAUCGUCGGGUCCCUCAUAUCGAACACAACUCGCCUCUUGAGGAGAACCCUGGCAUGGAGUCGACGCAACGGGAUCCAUCGACGGCUGCUGCCAUAGACAUUCCAAUGUCUCCGCGGGUGUAUCCUCCAGCCUACCGGCGUUCAAGCUCUGCGGCCCAACGGAUCCGGCCCAUCGUGGCUGAUGAUGAUGAAAUAUUUCCGUUCGGCAUGCGGAGCGUGAGUCUCGGAAAUGAAGAGGCUGCACAUCCCGUUCCUAACACCCUCCAGCGGCGAAUGAACGAAGAUGAGAACCAGGACCCCAAUUUAGCAGGCCGGCCCUCCACAGAGGAUGCCAACGCCCCUGCAACUAGUGCCACCGGUGCUUCGCGCCGGUCCGCAACAUCAUCGGUCUCCAACGCCCAUCUAUACCAACCGCGAUUCGCAAGCUCGCGAGGCAGAGGGUACUCAGGUGGCCAGUCACUCAGCUCUGCCUCGAGCAGUCUCGCCCGUGGCUCAGCCAUCCCCCCACACCUGGCAGAGCGUGAUGCGGACCGCGAUGGAAAUGCCAGCGGUAGCACUAGCGGCAACUCCACAAUGGAGCUUCGCCGCGGUUCGGGUCAACGACCCAGCGCCAGCCGUGCUCCUCCUUCACUGGAGGAUGACGAGCCACUGCUUUUUGCGAUGAGUGAUUUCGGCGCCUCCCGACGUAGCCUCGAAGAAAACCGAGGGAAUCACGGGGGCGCCGACUCGAAUAGUGGUUCCCGACGUGGUAGUGGGCGGCGGGGAGCUGGUCUCCCCAAUUUUCAUGUUUGGUAG